UUACGAAAUGUAACUGCGCAUGCGCAUAACCAUUUGCCUCUGACAUUGAGAACGAGCUGCAUUUCCUCUUACUUUGAAUUGGUUAUUAAACAGAUCCAUCAUGCUCGGUGUGAAGCGCAUUGCAGACGCCGGUUAUAAGCUGUUCUCGGGCUCCAUGAUGCUGCUGACGGUGUACGGCGGAUACCUGUGUGUCCUGCGGGCUCAUCGCUACAUGCAGAAACAGAAACAGCUAGCGGCACAGAGCGAGACUACAGAGACCGUCAAAGACUGAACACAAUCGCGUACCCGGACACUGAUCAUGUCACACGGGUGGGACUCUCAGAAACACACCUGCGCUCAUGAACCUCCAAGGCUUCGUUUGUCUAGUAACACCAAUGAGGUCUCUGCUAUGGAAACAGUGAUUUAUGUUGUAAUAUAUUAAAUGUUCCUUGUGAAAUCUA